AUGAAGUCCACCACUGUUGCCAUGGGCCUCUUGGCCGGCGUUGCCUCCGCCUCCUACAACCACCCCCGUCACUUCCACGCUCCUCGCCCUUACUACCGCCGUGACAACUCGACUGCUCCCACGCAGACGACUUUGACCGUCCAGCUCACUCAGGUCCACACCGUCACCUCGUGCGCACCCACCGUCACCAACUGCCCUGGCCGCAACAACACCGAGGCCUACGCUACCAUGCCCGCCUCUGAGCUGACCACCGCCGAGGUCACCCAGGUCAUUGACUUGACCACCACUGUGUGCCCCGUCACUGCUGCCGAGUCUGUCUCUUCGGCCGUCGUUGGAUCCCACAGCAGCGGUCUGAUCCCCGGCACCACCCACGACGUUACUCCCACUGUCAGCUCUGGCAACUCCGGUGUCACCGUGACCGCUUCGGUCCGCACCACCGACGUUCCUCUCACCAUGACCGUCGGCCCCGAGAGCUCCAAGUCCGUUGUCGUGACUACCAUUCACUCCACCUACACCCAGCAGGUCACCGUGACUCUUACCAAGUCUGGCUCGACCACCGCUGAGAGCAACUCUCCCGUCGGCGGCUCCGGCAACGGCUCCGGCUCUGAGGGCUCCAGCGCUGAGGGUACCACCACCACUACUUCCACCUCGACUGGAACCCGCACUGUCACCGUUGCCCGAUCCUCCACUGCUACCACCUACCCCACCGGUGCCUCUGGCAACUCUGGAUCCACUGGCUCCAGCGGCAACUCUGACAACAACGGCAGCUCCGGCAGCGGAUCUGGCUCCGACUCUGAGACCUGCCCUGAGGCCGUCACCGUCACUGUCACUGCUCCCGCUAGCACUGUCUACGUGACCCAGACUGCUCCCUCCGCUGCUGCCACCGGUGCUUCUGGCAACUCUGGCUCCACCGGCUCCGGCAACUCUGGCUCUACUGGUUCCGGCAACUCCGGUUCCGGCAGCUCUGGCAGCAGCGACGAUGCCGAUGAGGGCUCUGACGACGGUGAGGACGGCGACGACUGCCCCACUGAGACCGAGGACUCUGGCGUCGUUACCGCCACUGCCACCGCCACCGUUGUCCCCUACCCCGUCGGCCCCGUCAACGGCACCUACCCUACCCCCACCGCCGUUCCUACCGGCCUCUUCCGCGUCCGUAACUAA